GUUCUCUAGUUCUUGGCAAGAGCAGAAGGAGAAUUCCUGAUGACUGAAUGUGGCCCACCAAGUGCAUCACUAUGACUGAUGGGGACUAUGACUAUCUGAUCAAACUCCUGGCCCUUGGAGAUUCAGGCGUGGGGAAGACGACAUUUCUUUAUCGAUACACAGACAAUAAAUUCAAUCCCAAGUUUAUCACCACAGUAGGAAUAGACUUUCGGGAAAAACGUGUGGUUUAUAAUGCCCAGGGGCCCAGUGGAUCAUCAGGGAAAGCAUUUAAGGUGCAUCUUCAGCUGUGGGACACUGCAGGACAAGAGCGAUUCCGGAGCCUCACCACUGCGUUUUUCAGAGAUGCCAUGGGUUUCUUAUUAAUGUUUGACCUCACCAGUCAACAGAGCUUCUUAAAUGUCAGAAACUGGAUGAGCCAACUGCAAGCAAAUGCUUAUUGUGAAAAUCCAGAUAUAAUAUUAAUUGGCAACAAGGCAGACCUACCAGACCAGAGGGAAGUCAAUGAAAGGCAAGCCCGGGACCUGGCUGACAAAUAUGGCAUACCAUAUUUUGAAACAAGUGCAGCAACUGGCCAGAAUGUGGAGAAAGCAGUGGAAACCCUUCUGGACUUGAUAAUGAAGCGAAUGGAACAGUGUGUAGAGAAGACCCAAGUCCCCGACACUGUCAAUGGUGGAAACUCAGGAAAGCUAGAUGGGGAGAAACCAGCAGAGAGGAAAUGUGGCUGCUAGUCUCUGCAUAAGAACUGAUCGUCAAAAACCGCACCCAAAUAUUACUUCCCAAAACAGCAACAAACCACAAAAUUGUUGUUGAGUAGACCACACAUAAUGGCAUAUCUUGCAUUUCUGCCAGAAAAAUCUAUUUUAAGAAAUCAGAAUAGUCAACAGUGUUCAAAAGAAUUGACCAGUUGUCUCUCAGGCCCCACCAAACAAGAUCAGAGAUUUCCAAA